AAAAUGAAGGACAAAGAAUGCAAAAAAGUAUAAUCAAUUGAUGGUAUCAACCUACACAGCCUACGAGUAACUAAUAUAUUUGUAGCCCUCCGUCCAUGCACCCUCUCGCCAUGGAAAAGCAAGACAGAAGGUGUUUGGUAAUUGGAGGGCAUGGGAUCUCCUCUCGGCACGUAAUAAAAAUCCUUCAGCAAGCGCGCAUGGGGAAUAAGCGCGAAGCUGUACACACAUAUGCCUGUCAUCAUCGUCAUCAUCACCAUACUACGGUAUUUCCACCACCGAAGCAAAUCGACCACCAGCCAUGGAAUAAAAAGCCAACAACAACAAAACCAGAACCCAGUGUCGAGGCCAAAGUUCCAAGGAAAGUCGAAGAAGCAGCAGAACCGAAUCCAUUUGCUUUAUGUGACAACCGUUCUCGACCCAACGGAUAUUCCAUUCAUCCAUCGUCCAUCCAUAACCCUUGUGGUGAAUUGUCGUCGCAGGUAGGAGAGGGAAGAAACAAUCAACCAACUCAAAUCGCUUUCAUUUCUUUUUAAAACGUUUCUAUAUUAGUUGGAAGAAGUGGAUUUAUGCGACCUCGCGCUUGCCCUCCUUGCGCUCCUUCUGUGGGGUUGUUAGUGGGUGGUUCGGAUUUCGCGGGGUUGUACGUUGGAUGGGUGGUGUAG